AUGUCUCAUGCGAAUGGUGAUCUAAUCGCGUAUCAAAUAGCCUUCGACCUAUAUGAGAAUGCUUCUCAGCAAUUCAACACACAAGUUUUGAAUACUUAUGCGAGCUUUCACCAGCCAUCCCCAAGUACUCCCACGGCGAAGCAAGAACAAGAACCUGCUCCGACUGGUGAGGCUCCCAAAGCGGAGAAAGAGAAAGAGGCAUCACCGAAACCAGAGGAGUCCGCUCCAAUGGCUCGCCUUAAGGCGAUUUUACGCGGAGAAGAAACUGUGAAGCAUCACAUGCAGUUCCUCAUCAAAAAUAACCACACGGACAUGUUGAUUCUGAAGGAAAUGAAAGACUGUGUGAGGACGGCUACCGCGCACAACGCUACUUUGAUGUCAAAUGGUCUUAUGCAUCUUGGAACUACCUGUGAUGAUUUCUUGCGAGAUAACCUCGAUUGGAUUAGCAAGGCUACAAAUUGGAAUAAAUUCAAUGCUGUAGCCACUCUAGGACUUAUUCAUAAGGGUCAUGAAUCAGCAGCGAUGAAGCUACUUGAUCCGUAUCUUCCAAAAACGGAGCCUGACCAGUACGGGUUCAAGGAAGGCGGUUCACUAUUUGCUCUAGGUCUUAUUCAUGCAAAUCACGGGACUCCAGACUGUGUAAAGUACCUUCGAGAGCAGCUAUCGGCCGCACAGACGUCAGCAGUUCGUCAUGGAGCAUGUCUGGGACUAGGACUUGCUGCAAUGGGAACACAAAAUCAGGAUGUAUAUCUGCAACUUCGUGACGCCCUUUAUUUGGAUGAUGCUGUCUCGGGAGAAGCAGCAGGUCUUGCGAUGGGCUUGGUGAUGGUUGGCAGUUUGAACUCUGCAGCAUUCCAAGACAUGGUGCAAUAUACUUGUGACACCCAACACGAUAAGAUUCAACGUGGACUACGUACAGGAAUCUCCUUGUUGGCCUAUGGACGACAAGAUGAGGCCGAAUCUUACAUAGCCCAAUUGAUUGAUGUCAAGAGCAAUGCGAUGUUACGGUCCACAGGAAUAGCGAUGAUGUCAAUGGCCUACGUUGGAAGUGGACGUGCAAAUGUUGUUUCAAGACUUUUAGGAAAAGGUUACGGUUCAGUACCCAUUUCAAUAUUUUCCAAAGCGUCAUUAGAUUGA